AAAAAAAAGAUUUGCCUCCCCUUCCUUUUUUUUUUUUUUCCCCAGCCGCCGAAUCAUGUCGAUGAGCCCAAAGCAUACGACUCCUUUCUCAGUGUCUGACAUCUUGAGUCCUUUGGAGGAAAGCUACAAGAAAGUGGGCAUGGAGGCCAGUAACUUGGGGGCUCCCCUGUCAGCCUACAGACAGUCUCAGGUUUCUCAGCCGGCCAUGCAGCAGCACCCCAUGGGCCACAACGGAACAGUGACUGCCGCCUACCAUAUGACAGCGGCAGGGGUCCCCCAGCUCUCCCAUGCUACGAUGGGGGGCUAUUGCAAUGGGAACCUGGGCAACAUGAGCGAGCUGCCGCCUUACCAGGACACCAUGAGGAACAGCGCUUCGGCGACAGGAUGGUACGGCACCAACCCGGAUCCCCGCUUUUCCUCAAUCUCCCGCUUCAUGGCGCCGUCCUCGGGCAUGAACAUGGGAGGCAUGGGCAGCCUCGGCUCCCUGGGAGACGUGAGCAAGAGCAUGGCCCCGCUCCAGAGCACGCCGCGGAGGAAACGGAGGGUCCUUUUUUCGCAGGCCCAGGUUUACGAGCUGGAGCGACGUUUCAAGCAACAAAAAUACCUCUCCGCCCCGGAGAGGGAACAUUUAGCCAGCAUGAUACAUCUCACCCCGACUCAGGUCAAAAUCUGGUUCCAGAACCACCGCUACAAGAUGAAACGCCAGGCCAAAGACAAAGCUGCACAGCAGCAGAUGCAACAGGAGAACGGCUCCUGCCAGCAGCAGCAGUCUCCCAGAAGGGUGGCAGUGCCAGUGCUUGUGAAGGAUGGCAAGCCCUGCCAAGCAGGCUCCAACACACCCACAGCAGCUAUCCAGAGCCAUCAGCAGCAGGCAGCUACAACGAUCACAGUGGCUACCAAUGGCAACAGCCUCGGACAGCAUCAGAGCCACCAGACAAACAGUGCGGGGCAGUCUCCAGACAUGGGACAGCACUCGGCCAGCCCUUCCUCUCUGCAGAGCCAAGUCUCCAGUUUGUCUCACCUAAACUCUUCUACUUCUGACUAUGGCACUGCCAUGUCUUGCUCCACCUUGCUAUACGGUAGGACCUGGUAAAAGGAUUAAACAAAGAAAAAGGGAAAAAAAAGGCAAAAAUAAAAAAGAAAAAAAAUCCAACAAUUUUUCCCAGUUACAAAAAUCUCUGUCCUCUCCAAACUACUGUGUGCUUUUUUCUUCUUCUUUUUUUUUCUUUUGUUUUUUUUUUUUUUUUUUUUUCCUUGUUAAUGCUCUUCUCCCUUUUCCCCGUUUUACUGAGUGGUCUCUGCAGACCUCUAAAAGAGAGAGACACUUUUUUUGUUCCAUUUUAUUGUUACUGUUGAUGGUUUUGGGUCUUUAUGUUUUUUCUCCCCCAAAGUCGUCUUAUGGGGUGUAUAAAAAUAUUCAGACUAAUAACCAUGGAGCAGUCUGUAGAAAGGGGACCAUCUUUAGGCAUGGUCUGAAGACUUGGAUAUCAGAUGUACACUUUGCCAGCGUCUAGGACUUGCAUGUAAAUACAGAGAUUUUGGGGGAUGGGGUGGUUUUCCCCCCCAAAAAAAAACGCAUUCGCGUCACCCAGACACAAGAAGCAGCUUCCCCCUCCCCGGUCUCUCCCAGCCCGCCGCCAGGGCCAGCGGAUGGAGACGUGGAGUCAUCAAAGGCUUGGCUUUUAUUUUCCUCCUUACAUUUGAUGUGAACCUGUAGCUGUAUAAUGCUGUCAAAAGUUGGACUAAACCCAUAGUUUUUAGUAGCCUGUAUAUUUUGUUGUAAAAAGAAAAGGAAAAAAAUACAAUCAACCAAACCAACCCCCACCUUUUUUAUGGACACUGAUCACCCCGUCGUAAAUCCUCCGGCAGUUUGUUAUUUGCGCACGCCGCCUUUUCCUGUUGUAACUUAUGUAGAUAUUUGGCUUAAAUAUAGUUCCUAAGAAGCUUCUAAUAAAUUAUA